GAUCUCUAUUUUUUGCCAUGUCAUCUGACAGCCACCAGCUCCACACCCAUUGCUACCAGGACUCACUAAGUUCUACUUGUCCCAGUCUCUUGAAUGUCAACAGUCAUCCCCUAUCCAAGAGCUCCUCAAAUCUGGCCUGUAUUGGGCACUCGAGGAGUUUAGAGGAAAGGCAAAAGAAACAGGAGCUGAAGAAAAGCCAUAGUAGCACCAUCUGUUAUAUCCUGGAAAACAGGAGUGAUGCAAGGAGUGUGCAGAGUCCUGGAUGGUCCUCCUCACAGCCUGGGAUGAUGGGACUUGGAUCAGAGGUCCAAACCAUAAAUGACCAGUCAGCCUAUGACCAUUCAGAGGGAAGAACUAAGUAUAUAAACCAUGUUCUUGUCACUGAACAGUCCUCAGUGUCCUGGGGAGUGGGGGACACUAGGAUGUGUGUAAAGAGCAGCACUGCUGAGAAUGUUUCUUCAGCCUGCUUUGCUCACCAGCAAGGCAUGUGUAAAAUGGAAGAAUCAGGAACUACUCUUCAGAGAAGCCACUCAGACCUAACCUGCAGCUGCAAACAGCAGACUCAUGUCAGUCACAUAGAAACCAGUGCUACUCACUCCAAACUAAGCUCUUCUGGCUGCAGGCAUGAUCCCCCAGAGGCUAGGAUGUCUGUCCAAACGCAGAGAUAUGGAUCAGAAACAGAUCAAAAUACAUCUCACUAUCAAAACCUUGUGACUCACCUUCCAGUCCUACCUACAGACCAACAAGUACCCACAAAUACCUUUGACAGUGGCAGUAUUCCACGUAACACUACUGUUUACACAGAUCCUGGCACAUUUCAUGCUGCUGUUCUAGGACCCCACAUGCCUCGAAACAGUUUCCCAAACAGGACAACGUUCAGUCAAGCCCCUGGGAUUAUUCACGGUGGUCUGACUUAUGGUAAUAUUCCAAACUCUGCGUACUCCCCCAUGGCGAUGACGGUUCACAACAACUCAGCAGGGCCCUGCAGUCUCAGGCAGGACACCUUGAAGGCAGAUGCCACCAUUCCAGCCUAUUGCCACUCCUUGCCCAUCCCAUCCAUCCAGCUCGUGCCGAGGUUGGUGUGCUCCGUCAGUGAGACAGGAAACGAGCAGGCAGCACCUGGCUACUUUCAUUCCUUUUCUUCUUCAGACAUUCUGACAUAUCCUAAGCUGGUGUCUUCAGUAAGUGAAUCAGGCCUGGAUGCCAAGAAAAUUCUGAAGUGCUGUAACGUUCCUGGAGAAGAGCUGCAACCUGCUCCACAGGAGAGAGCUCCUCCAGAAGCCAAGGCUGCCCGUGUUGCUCUGAGCAGCCAGCAAGGUGCAGACAUGGUAGUGACAACUAAGGAUAUGUGGACUAUGACCUCUAUGAAUGACAUAACCAAAGGCCUGAAACCAGCUUUGGAGCACAAAGAUGCUGAGGUACAAACUCUUCCAACCAUGGAAUGCAAAUCGGUGGCAACAAGCCCAGCAGCUGCAGCAGAAGGUCACUCACAUGUGUUCCCAGAGGUGAACCUGGAGCAAGGCUUGGAGGCCCCCAAAUCUCCAGUUCGUGAAGUGAGAUGGGAUGAUGAAGGAAUGACAUGGGAAGUGUAUGGGGCAUCUGUGGAUCCAGAAGUCCUUGGGGUAGCCAUUCAAAAACAUCUCGAGUUUCAAAUAGAACAGUUCCAGACAGAGCCUGCUGAGAAAAGUAAUAAGGAGCCACCCCCUGAAAAAACUGGGAAAAAAAGGCCUUUCAGAACAAUGAUGCAUUCCCUGAGAUAUCCAAGCUGUUGUGCUCGCUCCAGUACUGCAGUGGAGUGAGCACAGCUGUAGAGUGUAGGAUAGCUGUGCUGCUUUUAAAUUGUACAUAAAUGCUGACUCUUAAGUGUUAACACACAUAUGUGGACAGCCCACAUCAGGAUGAGUGGGAAAAGUUCAGUGAUCAUCAAAUAUACAUUAAAGCAAGGAGAAGUCCAUGGCUGGACCAUUUAACAGAGAACAUAAGAUUAUACUUAAAUAAUACCAUCCAAAUGCUCUUGACUGUAUUUAAUGUAGCACUGAUUCCUUCUAUGUUAGUUUUAAACUGUAUUGUAAGGAAUGGAACUUCUUUUUUAAUGAUACUUUUUUUUUUUUUUAAUAAUGAUAACUUUUUUCUGUAUUUUAAUAAUUUAGGGUUAGAAAACAAAGUUUAUAAAUUAUGCUUUAAUCAAAGUUCUUAGCUUUCAAUCACAUUCCCUUAAAUUGUUUUGGCAGCUAUUUUGCUGUUAAUUUAAUAAUCCUGAAUAUAAGCCCACUUUAACUGCAGACAAAAUAACAAACUAGUGUAAUGUUCUAUGACAAAGAAUUGUAACUUUUUUCUACAUAACUGUGAAGUAAUUUUAGUGUUGGUAGUCUGAACUCUUCCCUUAGGAAGCUCAUGUACAGUUGGAGGACACUCCAUCAACUUUCCAAUUAGUUUGUAUUUAUGAUGAAUUACACUCUAAAUAUCCAGAAGUUAUGUUUACCAAGUGAUUGACACAAAUGUACAGUGUUACCAAAGAUGACUGAUGUAAUGUGAAUUGCUUACUGAAUGCUUGUUUUAGAGACCUGAAAUGGAAGCUGUUCAGAUUAGUCUAUGGCACCACCAUACCCUACAACUCACGAGCAGUUUUGGUUUGUUUAUAUUAAAAGUAAUUUCCAGUGA